GGAAAAUCGUACUUAAAAAUUGUCCAUGGAUAAAUCCCACGAGUAGCCAGCAGUAACUCAGUAGCAACUCGCAACUCAGUCUCCUUCUCCAAAACCCCAAAACCCCGAAACCAAAAUGCGGCGCGCCAUAGACGCCCACCUCAAGGCGGCGCGUCUCUUUCCCUCCUUAUCAUACUUCUCUUCUUCCUCCUCACCGUCUACGCCUCGCGUCACCGUCAGUGCAAUCCUAACCCUAGCUCAUCCCCACGCUCCUUCCAUUUCCAAAACGCUGAACCUCCACUCGAUCACAAUUUCGUCCUGCUCUUCGAUUCUCAGAAACCACGGUGUCGCCUCCAAUUUUGGCCUCGCCGUCGUGCGCUGCGUUUCGUCGGUCCCGCAUGCCGAUACAUUGGAGUGGAACGAGCCGGUUUCGUGCUCGGAGGUCGGCGAUGGCCACAAAGCCCCCGUGGACGAAGACUCCAAGCCCUCGAUUCCUGUCCGAGCAUACUUCUUCUCCACCAGUGUCGAUUUAAGAAGCUUGGUAGAGCAGAACAGGCUGAAUUUCAUCCCACCUACAUCGCGAAUGACUAAUUAUGUUGUUUUUAAGUUCGGGGAGCUUUCCGAUUCGAACGAUGGUUUGGGCCUUAGUUUAAGUGGGAGUGACUGUUGCUACAUGGUAGUCUUUCAGUAUGGCUCCAUUGUCUUGUUCAAUGUCCGUGAAAAAGAUAUUGAUGGGUAUUUGAAAAUCGUGGAAAAACACGCAUCAGGAUCGCUGCCUGAAAUGAGAAAAGAUGAGUAUGAGGUGAGAGAGAACCCCACUUUGCACACAUGGAUGGAAGGUGGAUUAGAUUACAUAAUGUUGCAGUACUUGAAUGUUGAUGGAAUCCGUACUAUUGGUAGUGUUCUAGGUCAAAGUAUUGCGCUUGAUUACUAUGUGCGCCAGGUUGAUGGAAUGGUUGCCGAGUUUACGGACAUUAAUCGUGAAAUGGAAACUACUGGGAAGUUUAAAAUGAAGAGGAAGAAACUGUUUCAGUUAGUGGGAAAGGCAAAUUCUAAUCUUGCUGAUGUGAUUCUUAAGCUCGGACUUUUUGAGAGAUCGGAUAUUGCCUGGAAGGAUGCCAAAUAUGCACAGAUAUGGGAAUAUCUCAGGGAUGAAUUUGAGUUGACUCAGAGAUUUGCAAGUCUUGAUUUUAAGUUGAAGUUUGUGGAGCACAAUAUUCGUUUUCUUCAGGAAAUUCUUCAAAACAGGAAGUCAGAUUUCUUGGAAUGGCUCAUCAUUGCGUUAAUAGGUGCUGAAAUUCUUCUCUCCCUUUACGACAUUGUCCACAGGUCGGCACUUGCUUCGCUUUAGACCCAGGAUCGAUGAUGCACGAAGUCGAAUGUGCCCUUGUACAAUGUCCUGAUCACUGUAUAUCUUACAGCCCCUCUCAAAUUUGUUGCUUUCUGCUUAGUUGAAUUGUGUAAUUAUGACUUGAAUUGAUCUUAUGAUCUGAUAAAUAAAUCAUAGAUUUUGUA